AUGGCGCCCGCGCAGCGCCCGCUGCUGCCGCUGCUGCUGCUGCUGCUCCCGCUGCCGCCGCCGCCGCCCUUCGCGCGCGCCGAGGACGCCGCCCGCGCCAGCUCGGACCGCUACGCCGUGUACUGGAACCGCAGCAACCCCAGGUUCCACGCGGGCGCGGCGGACGACGGCGGGGGCUACACGGUGGAGGUGAGCAUCAACGACUACCUGGACAUCUACUGCCCGCACUACGGGGCGCCGCUGCCGCCGGCCGAGCGCAUGGAGCACUACGUGCUGUACAUGGUCAACGGCGAGGGCCACGCCUCCUGCGACCACCGGCAGCGCGGCUUCAAGCGCUGGGAGUGCAACCGGCCCGCGGCGCCCGGGGGGCCGCUCAAGUUCUCGGAGAAGUUCCAGCUCUUCACGCCCUUCUCCCUCGGCUUCGAGUUCCGGCCCGGCCACGAGUACUACUACAUCUCUGCCACGCCGCCCAAUGCUGUGGACCGGCCCUGCCUGAGGCUGAAGGUCUAUGUCCGGCCGACCAACGAGACCCUGUACGAGGCCCCUGAGCCCAUCUUCACCAGCAAUAACUCGUGCAGUGGCCUGGGCAGCUGCCAGCUCGUCCUCAGCACUGUCCCUGUGCUCUGGACACUCCUGGGCUCCUAGUCUUGGCCCGCCUGGAUGGUCCCCCUGGACGGUCCCCCUGGACGGCCUGCCUGCCGGAUGGUCCCCCUGGACGGCCUCGCCUGGACGGUCCUCCUGGACGGUCCCUCUGGACGGCAUCGCCUGGACAGUCCUCCUGGAUGGCCCACCUGCUGGACGGUCCCCCUGGAUGGCGUCGCCUGGAUGGUCCCUCUGGAUGGCGUCGCCUGGACUGUCCCCCUGGACGGCCUCGCCCGGACGGCCUCGCCUGAAGACCACACAGACACUCCAUUUCUCCCAUGAGGGGUGCUGCCCCUGCCGGGUGGGGGGCGUCCAGCGCCCCGGGACCCGCCCUGGGGGGUGCGUGGCUAAGGGUCCUGAGGCCCGAGGGGCCAGGCCAGCCCUUCCAGAGUGCCGGAGAACCUAAGAACCUCUUGGCAGUGGUUUUGUUUUAUGGCAGACUCAGAAAGACUUGAGUUUCUAAUUUAAUUUAUUCCUUGCUGUUGCUGGUGACUUUGGGAAGGAAACAGAAGGGAUGGGCGGGGGGGGGGGGGGGGCUCCCGGUCCCGGGGGCACGGGCCUCAGGAGACCCCCGGUCAGCUCACUCCGUUUGUCUUGCGGGGUCCUGGCUGGCGCCGCCCUGCACCUCCCUCGGGCCCGGGGGGAAGGGGGGAGUGAGCAGUGGCCCCAGGCCCCCCGGAAUCUGAGCCCACCCCAGCCCCUGCCUCACUCGCCUCCCUCGGGGGCUCCUUUCCCAGAGUGGAAAUCCAGGAUGUUUCACCGGAGGCCACAGCCCCCUCCGAGUCCCAGGCCCCCGAGUCUAGAACCCCUUGGGCGCCCCCCCGCCCCGCGCAGCCUCACCUGCCGGCCGCCGAGGCCCAGAAGACAUGACGUUUCUGUAAAUAGAGCCAGCAAGUAUAUAUACUGUGAUUUAUUUUUACUGUAUUCCUAAGGACGGCCUGGAAAGUCUCUCUCUCUCUUUUUUUUUCCCCUUCCCGGGAGGGGGGGCACUUUUUUUGGCGGGGGUGGGGGUGGGGGGACUCUUUAGAGUAGAAGCCACACUUCGCAAUAAGCUCAGUUGUCUGUCGGAGCCCCCUCCCCUUGCUCCCGGAACUAACCAUGUUUGUAAGAGAAAACAGGACGAAGCAAAACGCCGGGGGGAGCCCACCCCCAGAAAAAGACACCCCCCGACCCUUUAAAGAAGCAAACAGCAUUUAUACAGAUUUCAUAUUUCUACCCGCCUUUCCUGAUCUGUGUUUUCUAUAUAUUCUAUAUAAGUAUAUAUGGUGCGGGGCUGCCAGGUGGGGCUUUUGUAGGGGCAGCGGGCGGGCGGCGUGGCCACGCCUGGAGCUGGCGGCGCGGACUCCCCCUCCGUUACAAUCAACUUUGAAUUCUGUAUUUUUUUAUAAUAAAACGAGUGUAAACCUCCA